AUGGAACUCGAUGGAGACUCUCCACCUAUCUGGUCCCAACCUACCACCACACUCCUCCGUCAACGCCGCCGACAACCACCCUCUCCUCCUAUCAUCAACCCCGUGGUUCUCAUUUUACUACUACCCAUUCUUGCUCUCCUCAUCUUGUUCUUCUUGGUUCCCCCUUUCCUUACACACACUACCCAAAUUCUUCGACCUAAUUCUGUGAAAAAGGGAUGGGACUCUUUUAAUAUAUUGCUUGUAGUAUUUGCUAUUCUUUGCGGCAUUUUUGCCCGCAAGAAUGAUGACAAUUCUUCACCCGUUGAAAGAAGUAGAAAUGUUUCAACAAGUGAUUCUUCUAAUUUCAAUGAUGAUCAUGAUACGAGACAUCCUGUUUCUAAUGAACGAUGGUUUCAGACUAGCGAUGAGAAAGCAUAUAAUUUUGGUGUACCUGAAACUGGUCUAAACCGUCUGAGAAGAAGCAGCAGUUCCUAUCCCGAUCUGAGACAAGUGCCGCAAUGGGAAACCGGUGAGAAUCAGUCCCGGUUUUAUGAUGAUUUUGGUGUGAAUUUUUACCGUUCUACGGCAUCCGAGUAUGAUAGACACCGUCAACAGCGGAGCGAGAAGCAGAAGGAAGAAUCUGACACUAAGGUAAUUCCGGUGGAUACAUUUGAGAGUCGUUCUUCUCCACCUGAACCUACAUUGCUGGAAAAACCUACGAUUACCUCAUCGAAGCCACCUCAGGCGAAUUUGAAAAGGAGAAGAUCCUUUCACAGUGUUCCGCGCAAAGAUAAGGCUGAAAUGCAGAGUAAUGAAGCUGAAGUUGAACUAAACGAGAAACAAGGGCCUCCACAAUCGUCACCGCCAGCCCUGACAACGGAGCUAUCACCUCCGGUGGAAAAGCCCCAAAAGCUUCAGCGGAGAAAGAGUGGUACGAAAGAAUUAGCCACAGCUAUUGCGUCAUUGUACAAUCAGAGUAAAAGAAACAUGAGAACAAAGAAGCGAGAUAUUUUUGAGAGUGUCUCCAAUUCUCCACUAUCUGCAGAACAAGUACUGCCACCAGCCUCGCCGCCACCGCCUCCACCGCCGCCGCCACCUCCGUCUAAGGUUUUCCAGAACCUUUUCAAGAAGAAUAGGAAAAGUAAGCGUGUACAUUCCGACCCUUCCAAUGUACCAUCACCUCCUCCUCCUCCUCCUCCACCUCUCCCUCCGAAUUCAAUUUUCAACAAUUUGUUCAAAACAGGAAGCAAAAGCAAACGAUUCCAGCAAAUAGCAUCAUCAACUCCUCCACCUCCUCCACCACCACCUCCACCUUCUUCAAUUCUCAAUAAUUUGUUCAAACAUGGAACAAAAAGCAGAAGACUCAAAUCACCAAUUUCGACUCCAACACCACCUCCUCCACCUCCACCUCCGCCACAAGCACGUGUGUCAUCAAGGAGGAGAAAAAGUUCUACGCAUUCUCAACCACCAAUGCAACCACCAGAACCUCCACUUCGACACUCAUCCAGUUGGAGCAAACCUCCAUUGCCAAAAAAACCAGCCACCAGUUACUACGACGAUAACUUGAACAGUGGCUCGCAAUCUCCGUUGAUACCAAUGCCACCUCCGCCUCCUAUGCCGCCGUUCAAAAUGCGGGAAAUGAAUUUCGUUCCCACUGGUGAUUUCGUCAGGAUACGGACCGCGCACAGCUCUCGCUGCAGCUCGCCGGACCUUGAAGACGUUGACGUUGAUGAUGAGUCCGUCAGAUCGGCAAUGGACGGUGAAGAUUUAACCGGGCCGUCGGUUACUUGCCCGAGCCCGGAUGUGAACAUGAAAGCGGACACUUUCAUUGCUCGGCUCCGAGAUGAGUGGCGAUUGGAGAAAAUGAAUUCACUGCGUGAAAAAGAGUACACUGGCCUGAACCCAGGCCCAAUGUGGAGAGGCCCAGGCCCAAUAUGA